AUGCCGUUGUAUGUCACAGCGGCCCACUCAUCGCGGGUGAAAAAGCCGGCCAAGAGACCCGCCUCUUCGCACUCUUCCUCUGCGUCGUUCGCGAACCUUCCACGCACCAAACCGCCCGGUCGCAAAGCAAGGCCAAUUAUUGAUACUAUCGACGAUGAGCUGGACGAGGGCGACGAGGGAGAAGAGGAUAGGUUGACUCCUAGCGGCAAAGUCUUAUCCACUGUCUCCGUCGAGCAAGCCAAGGAUGUGUUGACUGCCGUGCAAUAUGCUCGCACGUCCAUGUUUGCAACACUUCCAGAACGGGCGGGAAUGAACAGUGUCCGUAUUGCUGCAGUACUCAACUUCCAGCGGAACAUGCCUGCCAUCGUCUCUCUGGCUCAUGUACAUGCUCUUGUUGCUGCUUCAUCCAAGACUGAAAGGGAGAUCGCCGCCUUGCAAACCGCCGGUAAGCUUCGCAAAAUAAAAGUCAUGGGGCGAGGAAACGAUAUCAGCGGCUUAAGCGAGGUGUUGAUCACCAUGCGAGAUCUCCAAGCCUUGCUGGAGCGGAGCGAUGUCGCACCGGACGUCCGUACAGACUUCUGCGAUGUGCUUCGUCGUUAUCCGCGAGCCGCGUCUAUCCCGUCUCAAGAGCUACCUGCAUCCCAUGUGGCUACACUGACCCGAACUGGCUUCCUUGUAUCCUCGUCAUUGGCAGGCACUCGAAAUCUUUCGUUGGCUGGCUCAUCUCUAGUCUCCAUGCCUAAAGUUUCUCGUGCCGCGUCAGGGUCUUCCGCCGCUGUUGGCGGAGAUGCUGCCUUUGAAAACCUCGGGGGCGUUGGUGCUGCGCGACGAUCGAAAUCUUCUUUUCAUCACACACAAGCCUCACAAGAAGGAGAUUUGACUUUGUCCGUGCCAAACAUCGGUCCGUAUCUGAGACUGUUGCAGACGGGCCGGACGCAUCUUCUCCAACUCCUGGGCAGGUCAAAAUACAAGGAAGCGCCGCUGUAUCUCCUACGUGAGCGGUGGGAUGGCGCGGUUGACUCGCAAAGUAGAGUAUCGACCGCGAAACAAAUCAGGGGAGAAUUCUCCGAAGUGAUGCCAUCCAAGACCAAGAAGUGGAAAGACCUCUACGGCCUCAACUUUGACUGGAUCCUCGAGGAGUGUCUCGGUGCCGGGUUGAUCGAGUUGUUUGAGACUCGUAGUGUUGGGCUCGGCGUGCGUGCAUUGACUUGA